GCGCCCUUAAGCAAGAUGGCCGCGGCGGCUUCGCCCCGCUCCAAGAUGGCGGCGGGGCGGCCCCGCCCCUUGGCGGCCGAGCGGGGCUGUGGUGGUGGCGGCGGCGGUGGCGGCGCCCGGUGUCGCCGGUGUCCUUGUGGCGGGCGGGGGGACGGCGGAGCCAUGCUGGCCUUCGUGGCCAGGGCGGCGGCCAGGCCUUACGGCCUGCUGAAGCCGACGGCUUUAGGCAAGAUCCCGGGCAGGUUCCUGCUUCAUCAAGAAGCGCUGCCCCACCUCCCCGUGCCGCCGCUGCAGCAGACGCUGGACCGCUACCUGCAGAUGCUGCAGCCCAUCAUCAGCGAGGAGGAGCUGAACCACACGCAGGAGCUGGUGGCCGAGUUCCGCAAGCCGGGAGGCGUCGGGGAGAGGCUGCAGAAAGGCCUGGAGAGGAGAGCCAAGAAAACAGAGAACUGGCUCUCUGACUGGUGGCUGAAGACGGCUUACCUGGAGUACCGCCUGCCAGUCGUGGUGCAUUCCAGCCCUGGCGUGGUCUUACCUAAGCAGGAUUUCCUGGAUCGACAAGGGCAGCUCAGGUUUGCUGCCAAGCUGAUCGAGGGCAUCCUGGACUUCAAGACCAUGAUUGACAAUGAGACCCUCCCAGUGGAGUACAUGGGUGGGAAGCCCCUCUGCAUGAACCAGUACUACCAGAUCCUCUCAUCCUGCCGCAUUCCUGGGCCCAAGCGGGACUCCAUUGUCAACUACGCCAAAGGCAAGAAGCAGUCCAGGCACAUCACGGUGGUUCACAACUUCCAGUUCUUCGAGCUGGACGUUUACAACAGUGACGGAAGUCCCCUUACCACCGACCAGCUCUUUAUUCAGCUGGAGAAGAUCUGGAACACCUCCCUCCAAACAAACAAAGAGCCCAUCGGGAUCCUCACCACCAACCACCGAAACAGCUGGGCAAAAGCUUACAACAACCUUCUGAAAGAUAAGACCAACAAGGAAUCCGUGCGUACAAUUGAGAAGAGCAUAUGCACUGUCUGCCUUGACGCCCCAAUGCCACGGGUGUCCGAGGACAUCUACAAGAGCCGCGUGGCCGCUCAGAUGCUGCACGGGGGAGGCAGCCGCUGGAACAGCGGGAACCGAUGGUUCGACAAAACCCUUCAAUUUAUCAUUGCUGAAGACGGCUCCUGUGGUCUCGUAUACGAGCACGCUCCCUCAGAAGGCCCACCCAUCGUUGCUCUUCUGGAUCACAUCGUGGAGUACACGAAGAAACCUGAACUGGUGAGAUCACCGAUGAUUCCUCUGCCAAUGCCCAAGAAGCUGCGGUUUAACAUCACUCCAGAAAUCAAGAAUGACAUAGAGAAGGCAAAGCAGAACCUCAACAUAAUGGUUGAAGACCUGGAUGUCAAGGUCAUGGUCUUUCAUCAGUUUGGGAAAACCUUCCCCAAGUCAGAAAAGAUAAGUCCUGAUGCUUUCAUCCAGCUGGCCUUGCAGCUAGCAUAUUACAGGAUGUAUGGCCACGCCUGUGCCACAUAUGAGAGUGCAUCGCUAAGGAUGUUCCGUCUGGGCCGCACAGACACCAUCCGCUCCACUUCUGUCGACUCUCUUAAGUUUGUGCAAUCCAUGGACGACCCCGACAAAUCGGACCAGGAGAAAGCAGACUUGCUGAGGAGAGCUACCCAGGCCCACAGGGAAUAUACGGAUAUGGCAAUACGGGGGAACGCAAUAGACCGCCACCUCUUAGGUUUGAAGCUUCAAGCUAUUGAAGACCUGGUGAGCAUGCCUGAGCUGUUCAUGGACACAGCAUAUGCUGUUGCAAUGCACUUCAAUCUCUCAACCAGCCAGGUCCCAGCAAAGACAGACUGCGUGAUGUGUUUUGGUCCCGUGGUUCCAGAUGGCUACGGAGUCUGUUACAACCCGAUGGAUGAACACAUCAACUUUGCAAUUUCAGCAUUCAACAGCUGUGCUGAAACAAACGCAGCUCGUAUGGCACAUUAUCUCGAGAAAGCACUGCUAGACAUGAGGAUCUUGCUCCAAUCCACUCCCAAAUCCAAACUGUAAGAGGCAAAUACGAUGCAAAGUCCCCAGCUAAAGGAGCUGUCCCUCGUGCACUGAAGUUCCCAGUUCCUCAGAAAAUGAUUGAGGGGACAGCUUGCCCUGACUGGAACCCAGGAGGGCAUCUACCAUUUGUUUUCAGCAAGACCUUACAGAAUUGCCAUCCGCAGAUACUAGACUGUGCAGUGAGAGGCAGCACUGUCUUAAACCAAAGUGGAGCUGACCUGUCCUCUCCCAUCAAUGCAAAGUGCACCUUCUGUCCUCAAAGAGGACUGAAAUAGGAUCUUUUUAUGGAACGUACUGUAAAAGAAUAUAGAAAGCACAGUCCUUACCAGUAUCUAAAUCCGUUUGGUGAGGAAGGGAGUUCUUCUCCAGGAAAAGCAGGGAAUGUUUGUUAUGUGAUGGAACUACUGUAAGACCAAGCCUUUUUCCGGUUUAGUCUUCUGGGGAGUGCAGCAUCUUUGAAACUUGUCUGAAGAGUUUUCGUAUACUCCAGCAAAACAUCACCAUUGAACUUCGGCAAGGGGAGAAAGAAGUUCUCAAGUCAGAGCAGACCCAGUCUUGUUAAGAGUGCACUUUAUUAGCCACAGACACCUGCUCAUUACGUGCUUUAGAGGCCUGGGAAUGUUCCCUUCCCCAUGUUUUAAGAUGCUGAGAUCUCCUUUCUGUUGCACUGACCCAGCUAACAAGAGUAUAUCACCCACUACAAGCUAAGGUAGUUUUUUUGUUUGCUUUGUUCUGGGCUUUUUGUUUAAGCUUGCUGUUAUGGUCCUAGUCAUACAAAUCUUCUUUCUUACACAGGUUUUGUUAAGUUUGGCUUUAGGUACUUCAACAUUUGUGGAGAGGAAAAGGGGUUGCCUAUGCAUUUUAGCAGAACAGUUGCUUCGUUGUACCUUUCUUUGGAGCUGAGGAAAAGAAAGUGAUGCUGACGUUCUGUUUACUAGUCAGAGAGCCACAUGCCUGUUCACCUUCAGGGCACACGUUACAUCUAAGGUGGUUUUAUACCUUGCCUUCAGAAACCACAUUUAUGCAUAAAACGUUAUGCCUAAGUUGUGGAUAAAUAGAAGUAUUUCUGAUCAGCAACUCGAGAAUACACUUCUGAUUUUGGCCCACAGAAAUCAGAUCUGUUAGAGCCAAAGAAAAAUCAGCUGCAGAAUAUCCCUUCUGCACAUCAUUCUGCUUUAAAGAGGCAGAAACACCUGAAAAGAGGAAGAAAGCUGAGAAUGUGCAGGCACUUUAGAUGUUUGUCCACUUUAGCAGCCACUGUUCCUGCAGUAACAGUACAGCACCUUUUCUGGAAUUCCUUUUUACUGCAGUGUUACUCGGAUUUGUGCCAGCUCUAUUCUGUGAAAGACAUGGAGCUUAUAAUAGUGUUCUCAUGUUCAGCUGAUGGCCUUAAGACAGUAAAAGGUUAUAUAAAAAACAUUAACAUACAAUUUUAGCAUAGGAACUUUUGUAAGCAUUACGUCCAAUCAAUCUGCCAGAAUCCAGGCUCCUUUUAUUUUUAUUUAGUAAAACUGUAUGGUAAUGAAGAAUUCUAGUGCUAUUUCUGCAACAGGAAUUAAUUUAAUAUUUGAACUGCACACCCUCCAAGAUGUGACUGUUGGAACAUCACCAUAAACAAGAAGCAUUACAAGUUUGAUGGCCUGUUUUAUUAGAGGGAAAUAUUUUAUCAUAAUUGCUACUUUUAUGACGAUAGACUAGCAAGGGACGUGAUCAAAGUGCCUUGGUAAAUGUAUAUGAAGAAGUUUGCACUAAACCAGUUUAGAGAAAAUUAUUAUUCUGAUCUGCUUCUUGAAAGACACGUGCGUAUUGAGUUUUUUUUCUAAAAGGAUUUUACUUUAAAACUUCAUAUACCUAAAUAAACCUUAAAAAGGAAAAUUUAACUGAAACUCACCUGCACAGCCAGUGAUUGUAUGAACUGCCACUUUCACAUCAUUUACAUGGGUUUAGUUGAUCUUUUAGAAGAAUCCUGAAUGGAGUAAGAUAGUGGGGAAAACAAAACAAAAAAAACACGCACAGUGGGAGCACUACAAACCUGUGAACACACAUCCCUGCUCUGUUACUCCUCUGCUGUGAAA